AUGGUACAUGGAGUGUGGUACUUCUGCCUAAAGAUUCUUAAGCAAUAUGGUGUAAAUGGGAAAAUCAAAAUGAAUGCAGAUGGUACUAUGGAAAGAUAUAAGGCAUGUUUGGUAGUGAAAGCUAAAAAUUGGUUUUUAUCCAAAUUGGAAAUUAACAAUGCAUUUUUAAAUGGAGAUUUGGAAGAAACUGCCUAUAUGGAUCUUCCCCAAGGUUAUCAGUUUCAGGGGGAGUGUUCACUAGGAACUAAAAUGUAUUGUUUUAGCCAGUCAAAAUCUGAUUACUCUUUGUUCACCAUGACAACUGGCAGUGGAGAUUUUGUUGCAUUACUAGAUCUUGGUAAGUUGAAGUAUUUUCUUGGUCUUGAGAUUGCAAAGUCACUUGAAGGUGUUUCUUUAUGUCGAAGAAAAUACACAUUGGACUUGCUUGAAGAGUAUGGUUUGUUGGGAACUAAACCAAGUUAUACUCCUAUAAACUAUAAUCAUAAGUUGAGUAAAGUUGAAGCUGAUGAGAAACUUGUUGAUCUUACUUUGCCAGAUAUAACAAUUCUAUCUCAAUUCAUGGAUAAACCAGGUCAUGUGCAUAUGAUGGUAGCAUAUAAAGUCUUAAAAUACUUGAAGUUAGCACCUGGGCAAGGGAUUUUGAUGAAAGCUGAUUCAGAAUUGUGUAUCAUAGCUUAUUUUGAUAGCGAUUAUGCUAGAUGUCUUGACACUAUACGUUCUAUAAUAGGAUUUAAUAUGUUCAUUGGCAACUCUUUGCUUAGCACUUCAACUUCAUCGACAUUGUUAACACCAUCCGCUUUAGCAAGUGGAAGCCACCAGAUGCUUAAGGAGGACACUAUGAUACUCGAGGAUGACAUUGAGAUGCUUGAGGACAACACUACAACGUUUAAUGACAACGAAGCAUGUUAUCAGGGUGAAGAUGAUUGGUUCCCUACCAAUGAAGAUAGCUUUGAUAACGAUUCUGAUGGCUGGCCUGAUGGUUCACAUAUUGACAAUUUAGAGGAUGAUUAG